CCCGCUUCGAGGCUGACGUCUGUGGAAUUGAGGCAUGAUAACCGCAUGUAGUCAGUUUAUAAAUUCGGCUUUCAUGAUAGCAGCAGUACUUGUUUGUUCCAUCAAAUCUCGACACGCCUGCCUUGGCAUACAACUUUGAGCUUGUUUUUGACGUCAGGCUGUUGUGCAAGCAGAACAGCUAACCUGCAAUACCCGAGCAAGCAAAGGCCAACGGUCGCUUUACCGUACCUACAGCCAAUUAUGGUUUCCCCACCAUCCCUUCCUCUUCCUCCUUUUGCACCGUUUCUCAACGCAGAGCUCAGGGACCAAAUACAACCAGACGAAUGGACCGCCUGUAUUACAGCUUGGGUAUCUCUGAUUGAGGCUCACCUUUCUCUUUCGGAAGGUGACUUUAUACAGUAUUCACUUGUCGACGAAUCCAUCCCGGAAUUUCUUGCAUCAUUUUCUCACGAGGUUGCUACGCAUGGAUCAACCAUAUUAGGCCCUGCAGUCGGCCAACAGCCCUUGCUCAAAGGUGCUUUUAUGCUUACGAGCAGGCUGUUGGUCACAAAGCCCGGGUCGAAAUCUAAACAAAAAGACAUUCCGCCAACUGUGCUCCGUCUUCUACAAUGGGAGUUCUUUGCAGAUCUGUGCCGUACACAGAGCAGGAAAAGGAUACCGGAUUUCUUUUCAGCACUGCCAGAUGACAGGAAGGCAGUCUUGGAGGCAUCAUUGGCCGCGCUCAAAAAGUCAUUGAUCCAUGAUCUCGAAGCCGGGCUCGCCAACACGCCUGCCCUUCGCGAACUCGAGGCUCGCCUGGACAGGCUCAACUUCCUGAUUGCUCGCAUACCUUGGGCUGCGGCAUUCUUUUUGGCCGGAAGCGACUUUUUGGACGGCCCGGUGUCGUGCUUCCGGAUCAUGAACCCGCCGUUGCGGAAAGUCAUCGUGGCUACUGUCUAUCUGUGUGUGAUAGGCUUGGCGGAGACCAGCGGAGGCGGCUAUGGCGUGUUGACCGAUCAGCUGUACGCCCUGAGGGCGGCGGCGGAGGCGCACCGCGUCGGACCUCUCAACGUGAACGAUUCUCUUGUCGCCGAGCUUGUAACCUCCACGCCGUUGUUGGGCCAGUUGGAACGCCGGGUAAAUGGAGCGUCCGAAUCCGCAAGCACAAGGGUCAAGUCGAUUCUCAAAGAUCUGGCAGGCUUCAAGAAGCCUGGUGUCGGUCUCAGGCAGCCCGCGAGGCGGCUGCAGAAGAAGGUUGACAAGGGCAAGGGCGUUGCUCUGGACCUGGGAAUCCCGUCGCAAGAGAUGCAUAUCCAUCGCAUGGGGCAGAUUACCCAGAUACAGGAUCUCUUCCCAGAGCUGGGGUCUGGCUUUGUUGCCAAGCUUUUGGUCGAGUAUGGCGAGGACCAGGAGCAAGUCGUGGCGCACCUGCUGGACGAUUCGCUACCCGAACAUCUCAAGGAUGCGGAUAGAAGUGAAGAACUGUCCUCAAAUACUGGGCAUCGCACACCGCCAUUGACAGAUCAUAUGGCACCUAGAUCAACGCCACCCCGAUUUAAGGAGCAAGCUCUGCCGGUUCGUCACAAUGUCUUUGACGACGACGAACUUGAUAUGCUGUCUGGAAAUGCCGGCAAACUCCACCUUGGCAAGCACAACCCAGGCAGGACAGCCGACGACAUUCUCAAAGACAAGUCCAAAGCUCCAGACAAAGCCGCUAUUCUAGCAGCACUUGCCACUUUUGAUUCUGACGACGACGAGCGCGAUGAUACAUACGACGUGGAGGACGUAGGAGGCACAGUAGACGCCGCUGGUGGAGCCGAGGAUCAGUCACUAAACGACGAGGUGCUCUUCAAGGCAUGGAAAGCCGAGGCUGGCGUCUUUGGUCGGGAUAACGCUACGCGGAACAGCGCCGCACGUCAGAGUUUACGAGCAGAGACGGGAUUGACAGACGAGGCGAUCGAGGGCUGGGCGAUAAUGUUGUCGAGAAACCCACAGCAGCAGCGCAGACUUGAAGCCAAGUUCACAAUGUUCACGGGGGCGCAGACGGAGCUGGCCUCCACAGCAUGGCGCGCAAGUCCGGGCGGAUCCGGGGCAGAGGAUUCAGAUGCGGGCGGGAGCGGCGGUCGCGGAAGAGGCAGGGGCCGUGGACGUGGUGGAAGAGGCUCAGGGCGCGGGCGAGGAGGCGGGCCAUCCAGCGGUGGAGAUGCGUCUGGACCGACUGGCGAUGCCGGAACCGAGCAGGCGAGGCGGCGCAAGGAGGCCAACAAAAGCUCGAGAGCAAACCACAACAGACGUGCUCAGCGUGCUCGUAAGAUGGGUGGAAUGCCGGGUUAAGAAUACGAAGCUACUACAUUGCUAGAGUUUUUUCUACAUGGGCUGAAUAGAGAUGGAGUGGUUCGAUUUCAAAUCCCGAGUUCCCGGAUCCGAAAUCACGGCUCCAUCCAUUUCCGUGCCACUGGUGCCACCCCGCCACGAAUAAGAAAAAACGACCCAGAGGGCCAAUCCCUUGCCGCAUUCAAUGAGCUAACCCAAUCAGUCGCACAACAAAUCUGGCAUUGUGGGCUUACUGGCAAAUUCACUAACAAUCGGACGCUGUGUUGUUAUCAGGCCACGCGGCACUGGAUCUUUCCGUGUAAUCGGGACUAAAACAGGUCAUUGUGGGUCCAACGUACCCUGUCCGGAAUGCGGGAACGCCCAUUAGUUUGUCGUGCCAUUCUGCUGGAAGAAGAUGAGAUGUUGGAGAAUUGUUGAUUAACGGAUUGAUAAAUACAAGAGGUUAUCCUGCGUUUUGUUUUGUAUUUCGAAAUGUAC